AUGCCUCAAGAUCCUCGCAACGCCCUCAGCGCCCUCCUGCGGGCCGCUGAUAUCCAAGACCACGAACAGAUCCUCCAAGCCGUCAAUGCCGCAAUCAAGGCAGACAAGGACGACGUUGCCGCUCAGCACACCAAGGUCGUCGCUCUGCUGAAGCUCGAUCGCUUCGACGAUGCCCUCCGUGUCAUUAGCGGCGCUGGAAUCAAGCUCCAGGCGACAUGCGUCCUCGAGCAGGCAUAUGCGCUCUACAAGACGGGCAAGCUGGACGAGGCGUCCGACUUGAUCGAGUCCGCCGGCCUGGACAGACGCGGCCUCCGCCAUGUCGCCGCCCAGGUCGCCUACCGGGCCGAGAAGUCGCACGAGGCCGAGGCCAUCUACAGGAACAUGUUGGACACCGAUGCCGCCGGCGAGGAGAGCGACCUCAGGAUCAACAUCUCUGCUGCUACCACCCAGUCUCAAUGGGAGGGGACGCCCUCGGCCACCCCGGUCAUGUCCCCCGAUACCCUGGACACCUUUGAGAUGUGCUUCAACGUGGCUUGCGGCGAGCUUGCUCGAGGCAACACGAGCCGUGCUGCUUCGCUCCUUCAGCGCGCAGCCAUGUUGUGCGAUAACUCGGACGAACUGACCGACGAAGAGAAGAAGACGGAGCUGCGAUCCAUUCGUGCCCAGCAGGCGUAUCUGUUUGCCAAGAUUGGAAAGCCCAGCUCGGCCCUGGAAGUCUACGAGAUGCUGGGUCCUCCAACUGCCAAUGAUGGCCGUGACUUUGCCGUCAUCACGCAAAACAACCACUUUUCCCUGGAGCCCCCCGGCAACCCCUUCCUGCGCCAGCGCAAGGCAGAAUCCCUGAUGGCAUCAGCAGCCCAAAGCGACCUUUUCAGCUACCAGUCCAACAUUCUCAAGCGCAACAACCUCAUCAUUGAUCUCGGGGCCUUUAAGACGCAGGGUGUCACAAGCAGAACAGAAAAGACUCUUAGCCAGGCAAGGCUUCCUUCGACCAGCCCACAGAUCACCGCAGCGUCCAUCAUCAACGCUGCUGCCCACACGCAAGGGUUGGACGAGAAGGAAGCGCUCCGCAAGCUGCAAACCUUGGCGGCCAAGCGGACCAACGACGUCGGCCUCGUCCUGACGAUUGUUCAGCUACAAAUACAGCAGCAGCAAGCUGGCGCCGCUCUGACGACUUUGACGACUUUCCUCAACCGCUUAGAGUCUUCCGAAGAGCCCAACGACACGGAUGUUCGCUUCAGCCCUGGACUGGUUGCGCUCGCAGUGUCUCUGUUCCGAUCACAGCAGCGAGAGGCCUCGGCCAAGGCUGAAAUUGUCAAGGCCGCCCAGUACUGGCAGAACCGCCCAUCCCACGCAGUAGGGUCGCUUCUGCUCGAGGCCGGAAUCGAGCUCAUGCGGUCGUCCAACGCGGACGACUUGCUGCUGGCCGGCUCGGCGUUUGAGAAGCUGCUCCGGGAGCAGCAGGCCACUGACGUGGCUUCGGCCGGGCUGGUCGCGGCAUAUGCGGCGUCUGACGCGUCCAAAGUCAGGCAGAACGCCGACCAGCUGCCCCCUGUCGGUGAGUUGAUUGGCGGCAUCGACGUGGACGAGCUGUUUGCAGCUGGCGUGGCCGUUUCCAAGAGCAGCGCCGUCUCCAAGAAGCGGCCCGCGACGGAAGAGGCCAACGCGGACAAGGCGACGAAGCGACGGCGGAGAAAGCUGCCAAAGAACUAUGUCGAGGGCAAGACGCCCGACCCGGAGAGGUGGUUGCCCCUCCGCGACCGGUCGUCGUACCGGCCCAAGGGCAAGAAGGGGAAGAAGAGGGCCGGCGAGGCCACGCAGGGAGGCAUCGUCAAGGAGGAGGAGACGCUGGGGCUCGUGGGCGGGGGAGGCGUCAAGGUGGAAAAGGCGUCGGCGCCGGGGUCGAACAAUAAGAAGAAGAAGAAGGGCAAGAAAUAG